GAGACGGAGCCCGACGCCGAACGCGACUGAGCAUGAGCAGCCGCCAUUGUUCGGGCUAUAGAUUAGCCUCGUACUGUCAAUCUGACUUCACGCGACAAUAUUUUUAAUUGACGAACGAGUGGCGAGUUAAAGUUACGUUAAACCAGUGAUCAUCACCGUAUGAGUGACUGAGUGAAGAGAUCGACGAGGAAGAAUGUCGGAUCAGAGGAGCGUGUAUCAGCAGCUGAAUAACGUGGAGGAGUCAGCAGAGGUGUUUCAGCAAGCCGCGGACGCUCCUCCACCGUACAGCAGCAUCGCAGCAAGUAACGCAGCUUUCUUUGAGUACAAAGAGGAUGAGGUUUACCCCAAACCCCCGUCGUACAACGUAGCCACGUCACUGCCGUCCUACGACGAGGCUGAGAGGAGCAAAGCAGAGGCCACCGUUCCUCUAGUCACCGACAGGGACGAGGACUUCAUUGCCAGAGACAGCUUUGAUGAUACGGAUCAACUGCGUGUCGGCAACGAUGGGAUUUUCAUGCUCACGUUUUUCAUGGCGUUCCUCUUUAACUGGAUUGGCUUCUUCCUGUCCUUCUGCCUGACCACGUCUGCCGCCGGACGCUACGGGGCCAUUUCUGGGUUUGGACUGUCCCUGGUCAAAUGGGUCCUGAUUGUCAGGUUUUCUACCUACUUCCCUGGAUAUUUUGAUGGUCAGUACUGGCUGUGGUGGGUUUUCCUUGUUGUAGGAUUCCUGCUGUUCUUCCGGGGAUUUGUUAACUAUUCCAGAGUUCGCAACAUGGCGGAUCAUUCCAUGUCCACCCUUCCUCGAACCCGAGUCCUUUUUAUCUAUUAGGUAAAUCACAAGAAGUUACUUCCUGUUUUUUUUUUAUUAUUUUAGAUGAGGUGUGUACAUUGCUUUAGGGGAAAAUCAAUUAAAAGACAACCUAUCAGUGAUGUAAAUGAUUGUGGACGUGAUAUUAACACGGCGGUCGAGUGUUUUCUCUCUCUUGAUUUUGCGAAUAGAUUAAAAUCUCAGGAUUAUUGCGAAAUGAACAAAACGGCAAAGUCAAAGAGAGACGCCUACAGCUUUUUUUUUUGUUUUGAAUGUUCAGGACAUAAACGACAACAGUGCAAAGAACACAUCUGCUUCAGACGCCCUCGCACUUCUCAGUUGUUUGCAUAAUGCAACUAAUUGCGUUUUUUUUCGAGUCCCUCCGACCGUUUAAUCAGCGCUUAAUUCAGUCGUACAGUCGUUAUGCAUUUACAAACUACUUUCAUGUGCAUGUGCUCAACUUAGAAGUGACACCAUCCGAGAAUCCGUUUUUUGUAAAAAAAGCCCAGUCGCGGUUUGUUUUUCUCUUGAUUUGUGGGAAAGUUUUAAUUUUACUUUGUGAGUAAAUCUAGUAACGUUGUGAACUAGAACAAGAGUGUGUAUAUACAGUGCACGAGAAGAGCGGCGUUAAACGUUAUAAACGUGCACUUUUGAGAUAGAAACGCGAGCGACUGCGGGGUCCUCGCCAAGCCAAAAGCAUAUUAAAAAAAGUUUAUUCAGAAACGCGUUGGCUUGUUUAACGUGACCGUCACCAAACGGACCAAAAUGCUCUUAUUAUGUAAAAGGUUAGCUUAGAUUCCUAGCAGAUCGAUAUAAACUGAUUCAGCGUUGAAGCACACCUGAAUAUGUAAUGCGCCUAAUCAAUCAGUGUGAAUAACAGAAUAAGUUAUGAUGCCAAAUGUAGCAGUAGACGGUUCAUUGAUCUUUUUAUUUUUAUUGAAGACUUCUGUAUGGGUUAGUGCUUCACCAUGUGUUGUUUGUGAUUUGUAUGUUUUACACUUGUCGAGUAACUUUUAAUAAAUGUAACAUAUAUGGCAACAACAGA